UUUUGAAUUUGGAAUAAUGGACAAUUAGAAUAAUGAGGAUUACUCUGACUUCUUUAAAGGUAAUAAAGUGUGAAAAUUAGAUUAGUUGUGUUAGUAGGUGAUGCUGGAGUAGGUAAAACACAUUUAAUGACCAGGUAAUUUAUUUUAUACAAUAACAGAUAUGUUAAAGGUUGUUUACCAAAAAAUGCAGUACCAACAAUAGGGAUUGAAUUUGCUGGAAAGACAGUCACUUUAUAGAAUGGCAAAAAAGUUAAAGCAUAAAUUUGGGAUACAGCUGGAUAAGAAAGGUACAGAGGAAUUACAAGCACGUAUUAGAAUAAAUUUAAUUCAGUCAUUUUCGAAAAGCAGGAGGAGCUUUAGUUGUUUAUGAUGUAACAAAAGAAAAGACUUUUGAAAGUGUUGUUAAGUGGAUGGAAGAUUUACGAUAUUAAGCAGAACCAGAUGUGGUUAUUAUGUUAGUCGGUAAUAAAAUUGACUUAGUUGAAAACAAUGGAAGUGCAAGGUUUUUUAUAUUUCUUUAUAUAUAGAAAAGUAUAAAAAGAAGAUGCUAAAAAUCUCGCAUAAUAGCAUAAAGUUUUGUUUGAAGAAUCUAGUGCUGUUACAGGAUAAAAUGUAGGAUAAUGCUUUGAUAGAUUGCUUUAAGGUUCUAAUUCUCUUAUUCUUUAGAAAUGUAUAAAAUUAAAUCUCUAACCCCAGGAUAAGAUAACCCUAAUCAAGGCAUUUCAAUUAAAAAUUAAGAUUAGACAUAAAAUCCUGACAACUGCAAAUGUUGAAAAUCCA